AUGGUCUUAGUUGCUGAUUUACUACACCCUCUCCCUCAAACCGAAGCUGGCAUGCACAAAUUGAAGAAGUUGGUGCAAGCCCCGGAGUCUUACUUCAUGGACGUCAAGUGUCCCGGCUGUAUGAGCAUCACCACCGUGUUCUCCCAUGCUCAGACUCCGGUCAACUGCGAACAGUGCGCCACCAUCUUGUGUCGGCCAUCCGCCGGCAGGGCCGAAUUGGCCGAAGGCUGCUCUUUCAGAAGAAAGUAA